CUUAGAUUCAUUUCUGGCCUUAAAUUUGUGUAGUUCACACAGUGUUCAAAAAGUUUACAUUAUUAUUUUGUUUUCUUUUUUCAAAUUGUAUCAUUUCGAAUUUUUGGAUUUGGCGCUUUUUUCGUCGAAUUAGUCUAAAUUCAUUAAGAAUAUGUGUUGCGGACCUGCUGGUUGUUGCCCAUCCUGUGGACCUCCAUGUGGCGGACCUUAUUGCAAGCCGUGCUGUGUUGAAAUGUGUUUUUCGCCGUGUACACCUGCAUAUUUGCAAUGCUCUUAUUGCUGUGGCUGUUGAGAGAAAAGAUUAUAUAUCAAU